AUGUGGCGGGGUGUGGGGACAUUGUCCGUUCUUUGCAUGGCGAAUAACUGUGAUACAAACACACCAGAAGUUAGUAAAGCUGAAGAACCAGGGAAGAUGACGAAUGAGAGUCUGGUUAGCUUAGAAGUCGAAUGUGCUCGCGAGGAUCCUAACGUCACACCUACUGUUCUCGUCAAGGAGGAUGACCUGGAAGUGUUUCAAAUGCUUCUAGAGGCUCCUCUUCAAGCAGACAUGUCUGAUUCUUUCGAUGACGACGAGACGACAGUUCUUUCGCGAGAUGUUUGCACCUCCCUUGAGGUGUCGAUGGUGAGUUUUUUAUGGGAUGUUGCCUGUCGUGCUCAUAAGCUUCAAUCAUCCGAUCUGGACAUUUCCUCUAUCGAGGGGGACGGCGGCCGCGUAAUGCGUCGUUUCAGAGGCUUCCCCGCUCGUGAGGGUCUCGAAGAGGAACCCAACGAAGUUUCAUCGAUUCAGGCGCAGGAAGAUGGCGUCAUGAACUAG